AUGUCACUUGUAGAUUCCCCUGGAUUGAAGAUAAAAUCUUCGUUCAUCUCAUCCGAGCCCAUUUGCAUCGCAUCGGGGAAUACGGCUGACGCCUAUCGCAGAAGCAAUACAUCUGCAGCUUAUUAUAAGGGUAUUCCAUACACUUUGGGGUGUAAAAAAGCCGGGGCGUUGUUUGUUCUGGGUUCGGACACAAACAGCGAUGAACUUGCACUAACCCAUAAAGAGCAAUUCGAUGAAGAUGACGGAAAUGUAGCAGCUUAUUCCGACAACGCCGCUAUAUGCAACGCUGAGUUACCGGAAGCACCGACUUUCAUUGAUGCCACGGACACAGCGAAUGAUUGGCACGAGACACAGCUGGUUGACAAGUGUAGGAUAUUGGCCGUCGGCGGUCGUGGAGGCGACGGCUGCGUGUCGUUCAGAAGGGAAAAGCACGUGCCGCUGGGAGGGGCGGAUGGAGGGAACGGCGGCCCGGGUGGGUCGGUAUACCUGAUCUGCAAUGAGGCAAUGAGCAACCUCAACCCAGUCAAACAAUUCUACAUCUACAAGGCGGAAAGUGGGCAUCACGGCUUGGGUGGUCGCAGGAACGGCGCCAAGGGUAACCACAGGUUCAUACCCGUCCCACCCGGCACGCACGUAUACAGCACGAGCGGCGAAUUGUAUGCAGUAUUGCAGAAUGAAGGUAAAACGGCACAAUGA